GCCAUUUUCUCAGACAACGUUGCAUGGUCCAGUAUGGCUUUUGUUAGCGUUUUAUCGCGUAUUUGGGUUCUUUAACAAUCGAUAUGGUUAAGUGGUGUAGUCACGGACUUUGUAAUCGUGACGACAGGUAUCCUGAAAGGCCAGUUGGUGGAGUUCCGUUCGUACCCUUUCCAAAACCGAAGACCCAGUACGAAAAAUGCCUUCGAUGGAUCAAACUUUGUGGAAGACCGCAUCAUCAACUGAAUCCAUCUAAAAUCAACCGGAACAGAAGACCGAGUACAAAAAAAUGUCUUUGAUGGAUCAAACUUUGAGGAAGACCGCAUGAUCAACUGAAUCCAUCAACCGGAACAGAUAUGUUGGCACGAAGCAGCUCGGUGGGAAUCUCCAAGUGAAGGAAGAACUUGUUCGACGUGAUAAAAGAACGACAAGCCGAGACCAUGAGCAGUUCCCUGGAGAAGGUCGUGGCCCAGAAGAAGGAAGCCAUCGAGGCGGCCAUGGACAUGUUGGAGCGCGGUGCUGAGGUUGUGGCCAGCGCCGUGGGGGAACUCUUCCCGCUGUGCGAGGCUGCUGCGCCGGUCCUGCGUCUGGCACUGGACAACGUCCAGAGCAAGGAGGUCUUCUACGUCAAGGAGCAGUUCCUGACAGUCCGGAACAGUCUGGACCUUCUAUCAGGCCAGCUGGAGGAUAUCAACUGCGAGAUCAAAAAGAGCCGGCUGGACUCGCAGUACUUCGGCGCCGAGGAGAACCUCCGGAACCAGUUCAGGAAGUACAUGGACAUCAUCGAAGCCAAGCCGCAGUUCCGCGAGGUGAAGACGAAACUAUUCCUGGAGCAUUUCUCCAGAAGCGGCGGCGAGAAGAAUUUGUUUGCGCUCUACCACGCCCUCAUGGGCGACAGCAGCUUUGGAGAGUCCAUUCUGGACCUGGUGGAAAGGUACGUCGCCAGGAAGCGUCGCCUCCUGGAGGACUUUUGCGUCCGCAUGAAGGAGCUUCUCUGCUUGGGCCUCAUCGCUCUGCUGGGACACGCAGCCUUGACCCAAACCCCUCAGGAAGAACAGGACAAAAUCCAGGAGUGGAGCUGCAAGAUGGACGAGAUCGAGCUCCGGAUGAAAACCACAAUUCAGUCCUGCGUGGACGCUUUUCCGGAGCAGGCCAAACUGGAUGCCCAGCACCUCCUCCAAGAGAAGCAAAGUGACAACCUCCAGGAGACCACUCAGCAGGUCCUGGACUUCCUGGUCAAGAAGUACGAUUGGGUGAGCUGGUCGGUGCGCCUCAUCAACCACUCGGGGAGCACCUACCGCAACUGGAGGGCCGGGGAGCGCUUCCACCACGUGGCGGGGCGCAACUGGUUCGAGGUUCUGCAGGUCAAUAACAUCAACUUGGUGGUGUCCUUCAGUACCAGGCCCCGGACGGUGCCCAGGGAAGCCGUUCUGGCGGCUAUGGAGGGGGCGGCCCGCAAGGGCAACGCCCCCGCCGUUGUGGAUGUCCUGGAGAAGCAGUUGGACGGCUUCGCGGUUCACGCCGUGAGCCGCCACAAGGAGUCGGCGGCCGCCUGGAGUUUCCCCGACGAUUGUCACUACUGGGAGAGGCACAAGAACGUGGCCGUCUGCGUCCAUUCCGACUGAAGCUCACGAGCAGUCCGGAGCGCCGCUUCUCACGGUACAAAGACCGUCACCGUCCACGUCUGCUUCAGCCUGAGUCAACUUGGAACCCCUGCGCCAGACACCCGCUAACCACCUAAUCCCAACAAGUGUCCUACUUUUAAGAACGACUGCUAUUUCAAGAUGUGCAUGUGAGGAUAACAUUCGAGAGACCUUUUUACCCACAUAUGUAUCCAAAAAGUAUUCCCUAUCGCAAACAAAGUAUUUAUUGAUUGAGUUUUUGUUCGCAGGGUCAAUAAAUUGA